AAUAGGCCUCUGCUCUGAUUUAAAUUCUCGAAACAAUGUAUCCAUUGUCAUUGGUCAAACGCUCAACAAGAAAUCGAUCAGCUUCUUUCUUCUUCUUUUUUCUUAGUUCAGAUCUUCAACUCUUCCUCACUUGCUUCAAUGGUUCCGCUUCAUGUGUUGUUCUUCCCACUGAUGGCCCAUGGCCACAUGAUACCAACCCUAGACAUGGCCAAACUAUUCGCGUCUCGUGGUGUCAAAACCACCAUAGUCACCACCCCUCUCAAUGCCCCUAUCUUCACUACCAAUAAUUUGUGUACUGAAAUCAACAUCCGUGUCAUCAAGUUCCCUACUCUAGAGGCUGGCUUGCCGGCAGGAGUUGAAAAUGCGGGCCAAAUCUCCGACGACAUGACUCCAAACUUCGUAAGGGCCACCAUCAUGCUCCAAGAGCCACUCGAGCAAGUCCUACAAGAAGAGCAGCCCCAUUGCCUAGUCGCCGACAUUUUCUUUCCGUGGGCAACCAAAGUUGCAGCCAAAUUUGAUAUUCCGCGUAUAGCUUUCCACGGAACAAGUUUUUUCGCGGCCUGUGCUUCAGAGAGCAUGAGACUCUACAAGCCUCAUAUGACCAAAUUCUCAUCUUGGACCGAACCCUUUGUCAUCCCCAAUCUUCCACACCAAAUAGAGUUAACUGCAAUGCAAAUUGCAGUUGCAGAACAUGAUGAUCAAGAAGAUAGCCAAACAGACUUUAACAAGUUGGUAAGUGAAGCUAUAGAGUGUGAGUUGGCAAGCUAUGGAGUUAUAGUCAAUAGCUUCUAUGAUCUUGAACCAGCUUACGCUGAUCAUUACAGCAAGGUGUUUGGAAGGAAAGCGUGGCAUAUUGGUCCGGUUUCGCUUUGCAAUACGGAGUUUGAAGAUAAAGCAUGUAGAGGAUCAAAUAAAGCAUCUAUUAAUGAACAUGAGUACUAUCUGAAUUGGCUCAACUCGAAGAAGCCCAAUUCGGUUAUUUAUGUUUGUUUUGGAAGUAUAGCCAAGUUUAGUACUUCCCAGUUGUGUGAAAUUGCAAUGGGGCUUGAAAAUUCUGGACAACAAUUCAUUUGGGUUGUGAGGAAAGGAGGGAAUCAAGAAGGAAAUGAAAACUGGUUGCCCAAAGGAUUUGAGGAGAGAAUGGAAGGGAAAGGACUAGUAAUAAGAGGAUGGGCAGCUCAAGUGUUGAUUCUUGAACACGAAGCGAUUGGGGGUUUUGUGACACACUGUGGAUGGAAUUCGACGCUGGAAGGAGUGUGUGCUGGGGUGCCAAUGGUGACAUGGCCCAUGUUUGCGGAGCAGUUCUUCAAUGAAAAGUUGGUGACUGAGGUUUUGAGAAUUGGGGUUGGUGUUGGUGCUCAGCAAUGGAACAGUGCUGUGACUGACGGCGUGAUGAGGGAAGCGAUAGAGGAGGCAGUGAGGCGGAUUAUGGUGGGCGAAGAAGCUGAGGAGAUGAGAAGCCGAGCAAUGGCGAUGAAAGGUAAGGCAAUUAGGGCUGUUGAAGAAGGUGGAUCAUCUUAUUGUCAUUUGAAUGCUUUGAUAGAAGAAUUGAGUUCCUAUUGCGUUCUUGAAGCAAGUAAGAUUUAAAACUCACAUCACCCAUGUAUAAGUUGCUUUUAUUUUUGUUCUUUGUGUUUGUUGGUUUUUGAUCAUCUUUCAAAUCCCUUCUUCACAAUAUGUACUGUUCAACAGUGUCUCUGCCAUAUGUUAAUUUUGUGACAUUGAUCAGUAUGUAAUAACUAGGAAUGGACCACUCAAUUUUUAAUGAGACCACAUUAUUUAAUAUUAUUUUUUAAAAUCA